AUGGAUCAAAUAGAAGAAAAUAAAAAAAAUAACGACAUAUAUAAUAAUAAUAAUAAUAAUAAUAAUAAUAAUAAUAAUAAUAAUAAUAAUAAUAAUAAUAAUGUUGAUUUUAAAUUUUGUGAUAAUAUAUCUGAUGAUGAAUUAAAUUUUGAUCAAGAAAAUGUAUGGGAAACUGAUAUAAAUAUAAUUGACGAUGAAAUUAGUAAAAUAAAUGACAAUGCCAUUCCCUUGGUGUCUACUUUAGAUGACAAACUUGAUAGAAUCGAUUUAAAGGAUGAAACGUGUGAAGAGUUAGAAAAAGAGAAGAUUCAAAAUUUGGAAAUGCAAUCACAUCAAAAUGAAAUAUCAAAAGAUCCAGAAUGCAGCAUAAGAAAUGAAAAUGUUGAUCAUUCUAUAAAUUGUAUUGCUAAUACAAACAGCCAUUUAUCUUUUUCUGAAAAUUUGUGUGCAGAAAAAAGUGAUAAUAAUGAAAAUGAUACAAAAAAUUAUGAACAAAUAAAAAUACAAUAUAACGAACUUAUAAACAAGUCAAAGGAUUAUGAAAAUGAAAUAGUCAUAUUAAAUAAUAAAUUAGAGGAAUGUGAAAUAAAAUGUCAAUUUUUUAUGACAAAAAUUAAAAAUGAAGAAGAUAAAAAUAAUAAACAGGAAAAAAAAUAUUGUGAUCUUGAAUAUAUAAUAAAAAAAAAAGAUAUCGAAUUUAAGGAAUGUAUUGAAAAGUUAAAUAAAGAUAUAAAUAAUAAAAAUGGUGUUAUAGAAGAAUUGGAAAAAUGUGUAGAAGAAUAUAAAAAUAAAUUAAGUGAAUCACAAGAUUUUUUUAUUCGAAAUGAAAAAAGAAGUAUAGAAAGCUUAGAAAAUAAAGUGUCUUGUUUAAAAAACAAACUAAAAGAUAGUACAAACGAAAACAUAUCAUUAUUAAAUAAAAAUAAUGAAUUAAAUAAAAUUAUAAAUGAUCUAAAAAUGAGUAAAGAAGAAAAUGAAAAAAAUAUUGAAAAUUUAAAAUAUAAUAUGAAAAUAAAUCAACAUGAAUCAUUUUCAAACAUUGAAAAAAUUCAAAAACAAAAUACACAAAUAGAACUAUUAUCAAAUGAAAAUAUUAAAAAUGAAAAAAUAAUAGAUCUAUUAAAAAAUGAUAAAUUAAAAAUAGAAGAAGAAAAUAACAUUUUAAAAAAAAAUUUAUUAACAACACAAGAUGAAUUAAAAAAAAUUGAACAACAUAGUUAUGAUAUUUAUGAAAUGAAAAAUUAUUUAGAAACUAUUCUUGACAAACAUAAGAAUGUAAUGGAUCAAUUAGAAUCUGAAAAAAAUCAAAAAGAGAAUCUAAAAAUUAAAAUAAAAUCUUUUUUAACUGAAAUUAAAAAUUCAGCUAUUGCAAUAAAAAUGUACAAAAUGAAAUGCUCAUUUUUUAUUAACAUUAUAAAAAAUUAUGAAUAUAAAAUUUCUAUUUUAGAAAAUAAAUUAAAAACUUAUGAAUUUAAUAAACAAAAGGACAAUGAAAAAAUACAUAAAAAAAAUUGUAAAUUUCGAAAAACACAAAAUGAGAAGACAUCAAAUUCGGAAAAUCUUCACUCCCACGAUGAUCCAAAAUUAGCAUCCAAACUUGAUAGCGAAAAUUUGGAUGGCGAAAAUUUGGAUGGCGAAAAUUUGGAUGGCGAAAAUUUGGAUGGCGAAAAUUUGGAUGGCGAAAAUUUGGAUGGCGAAAAUUUGGAUGGCGAAAAUUUGGAUGGCGAAAAUUUGGAUGGCGAAAAUUUGGAUGGCGAAAAUUUGGGUGGCGAAAAUUUUGAUGAACUAUUAGAAGAAAAGCUUGGUCUAGAAGAAAAAAUAGAAAAGGAGAUAAAUAAAAAAGAAGAAGCUUUAAAUAAAUUAAAUAGUUUAGAAACAAUAUUGAAGGAAAAGAACUUCGAAAUAAAUGAAAAAAAUUAUAAAAUUAAUAGAUAUAAAUUAUUAAAUAAAAAUUUGGAAAAAAGUAUAAAAAAUUAUGAACAUAACAUAAAUUUAAUGAAAGAAAAUAUACAUAAAUUAGAAAAGGAAAAUGAACUUAAAGAAAUAAAAAAUUUAAUUGUUCCACCUAAAAUAAUUGUUAAUAUUUCAAAAUUAUCAUCAUUUGAAAAUAAUUUUAAAAAUGAAUUAAAAGAAUUAAUUGGAACAUCUUCUAAUUUUUUGGGAAAUACUUUUAAAUAUAUAAAUGAAAAUCCAUUAAAAAAAAAUCUACAAACUAAUCCAUUUUUCUUUUCUUCAUCUGAAAAAAAAAAUGAUAACAAUACACAAAUAAUUAAUAAUAAAAAAGACAAUUUAAUAAGUUCCUAUAUCAACGAUACUGUUGAUGUCACAGGAUUUGCUAAAAAUUUUAUAUAUAAUAAUAUGAAUAAAAUACCAAAUUUUAUCAAUGAUAAUAGCUACAAAAGUGAAGAAUAUCAAAAUGAGCUAGCCAAAAAUGAACAUAUUUUUUCUGAACAGUCAGACGAAAAACAGUUAGACAACUCCUCUUUGCUGAGUGACGCAAUUUGGAACAAACAAAACGGAAACGAAAACGAAAACGAAAACGAAAAAGGAAACUCAUAUGAGGAAAAACAACCUAUUAAUAAUUAUUCUAAUAUUGGAAGCACAAAUGUUGACGACCCAAAUGAUAAAGAUAACGGCAAAAACGAAAAAAAUGACAAUAAAUAUAUUGACCUUUUUAUGGGAAAAAUAAAUAUGAACACGCAAGGUAAUAAACAUAAUGAAAAACCAAAUGAUGGCCAAGUUUCUCAAUUUUUUACAAAUACCGAAAAUAAAAUUAAAGAUCUAUUUGAUCUUGGUAGAAAAAAAAAUUAUAAUAAACCAAAGGAAAAAACAGAUUCCUUUCAGGAUAACGUGAACGAUACUACAACUUUUACUGAAAAGCUGUUUGGAAAUUUUCUAAAUAUUGAUAAUAACAAUAAUAAUAAUAAUAAUAGUUAUGACAUAAAAGAGAGAAAUUUUAUUGCAAGUCAGAAUGAUCAAUUACACACAAAUCAAAUUGAUAAGUUCAUGGAAAAUGAGGAAAAACUAAACACAGAAAUAACUCAAAAUAACUUUUAUAUAAAUAAAGAAAAAACAACUCAGAAAUUUAAUAUUAAUGAAGAAAAUAAAGAUGACCCAGAACUUGCCUUUUCUGGUGACGAUGCGCAAAUAAAUGAUGUAUGGGAUGAAGAAAUCGAUUUGGAUAAUUUUUAA